AAUGCUAAGCUGAAUUUUGAUAGGACAUGAAAAUGUUAUCUUCAUUUUCAGUUGAACAAGGAUCUUCACUAGUUCGUUGAAAGAUCAUCAUCAUAUUACUGUUUCCAGAGAAUAGAAAAGUAAAUAUAACUCGAGAAGAAACAUGGACAACUCUGCAGAUAUGGUCAAAGUGACGAAGAGUGACGAUGAGAUAGUGUUGAUGAGUAAUGAGGAGAUCAAGGAGACAUGGCACCAGCAGACAAGAUACCUGCGCUUUCUGGAGCACCUCUCAACCGCAGGUGAGGAUGAGGCCAAACGAUGCGAACAGUCUGUGGAUAAAGCUAUUCAACAAGCACAGGCGGAAUUGGAGAGUAUAAAAUCGGGCGACGUGACUGUAAAAGAGCAGCCGGACAGUGAUUCGCCAGCUGACGCAAAAGGCACUCUGAAAGACCCCUAUGUGAAUUUACUGGUGCAGAAGCUGAGAUCGGACCUGAAGGAACGAGAGAGUAGGAUAGAGAAUUUGACGGCAGAGCUAAAUGCAUGGCAGCUUACUUCGGCUGACGGGAGUACAGUGGAUGAGAAGAAAGCGAUGGCCAAGUGUCGUCUGCUGGCCAACGAGAACUGUGAGUUGGGAGAUCAGGUGUCGGAGAGCAGACUGUCCCAUAUCAAGGCACAGGCGGAUGAAGUCCAAGCAUCAUUUCUCGAAGUCACCCGCGACAUGCAGGUGUGUGCGGACGUGACAGGAGAAUUGGAAUCGGACUUGACUGCGUUGCAGGGCACCCUCAUGCAGUUGUACCAGUCGCUGCGCACCAAAGGAAAGGCAUCAUCAGAACUGCUGGCCAGUCUCGAAUACAACCACAACAGGGCAUCUUCUUCCUCGGCAUCCGGAGGAUCCAGAUCCAAAGCCACGCCCAAGUCCAAAAGUUCAUCUGGAUCCAAACAUUCAGCAUCCAAAAAUUCAGUUUCCAGUAUCAGCAUUGAUACAAAUUCUGCCGGAGUUCCAGGGGCUAAAGCUAACGGGAAACUGACUCCUACGGAAAAUUCUAGAAACAGUUCCAACAGUUCGAAUCCAGCUGCAGAAAUGAGUUCUCGAAAUUCACGAGCUGACAAUGGACCAGUUUCGAAACGAGCAAAAACUUCAUCGAAUGAGCGAAUUAAAACUUCCAAACAUGAUAAAGAUAAACUUUCUAGUGAAAAGCAAUUAGUUGGCAAUGGCUCUCUGGAACCUUGUGACAACAUUAGCCCACCAGGAAAACAAGGCAUCCGAAAUAACAAUGACGAAAAUAUGGAAGCCUUACAUAAGAAUGAUAAGGCUCCGGAAAAACUAACAACCGUGCAAACCAAUGGGAGCUUAAGCCAAGAUUUAUCAGCUAACGGAAAUGCUGAAAUUGAAAACUCCGACCUUUCAACUCGAAAUUCACAAGAGUCGAAACCAAUUACAAAUUGUGUUUAAUCUUAAAUAUGAACUCUCCUUUGUUUCGGUGUAAUGUGUUAGCCUUUAGUCGCCUCUACUCCUUAUUUUGUUUCGUCGUCAUGUAUAAAGCGCGCCGUUUUGAGAAUCGAUUAUAUUUGAAAUGCUGCGUUGCGCUUAAGUUAUUUCAGCUGAAGUUUUUGAUGACAAUAGGACAAAGGGAGUGCUGUGCUUUAUUAUAUCAUUCGUUUUAUCUUUUUUCUCUGAUUGAAUUCAAAAUCCCCUGA